AGUGACAAGGCUGCCCAUAAGUCUGUCGGCCGGCCAGCCUCUGAGGUCACCGGCCAAGAGCCUCGGCUGGCUCCCAGCUGAGUUGUCUCCCUCAGGUGCUCAUUCCUGGACUUUUCCAGGACCAGAGAGACAAGCUCAAGAGUCCAAGGCUAACACUGCCCCUUCCACCACCACCCCUCCAGGAAUGCUGUGUUGGGCCUGAGCCAAAACAUUCCGGAGGCCAGAAAUCGGCUCAGGGUCCGAGGCCACUUGUGGGAUUUCUUCUCCGACUGGCCCAGCCACCUCGGGCCUCCCGCUUUGUCAAGGGCAAUUACUGUAAGUCCCUUUGCAGAGCAGGAGAUGGGCUUAAGGUUGGAGCAUCUCUGAAAGCUGUCUCUGUGCUGAACGGAGGCUGAGCCCCACCGGGGGAGGAAGAUGAGCCUGCGUUCGGUGGUCACCUCGAUUGAAGGAAAAGCUCCUGCUCGGCUCCUGUAAGGGUCCGGCUCCGUGGGCUCGGGGCUAGCAGCCAGCCUGCCUGGACCGAGUUCUGGCUGUGCAUGCAGCCUCCACCUCCCCCGGGCUCCAGUGGACCCAAGCUUCCCCAAGCAAGAGGCCUUGUCCUGGGCCCCCUCCCUCCCGCAAGGCCAGAAGGAAAAGCCAGGGGGGAGCACCAGCCCCCAUGCCAUGGGAGCAACUCAUGGGAAAAAGAAAGAAUAUUCUCCUCAGUCCAGGUUUCACAAUGAAAAUGGAAAACAUAGUAUGAAUGGUUCAGCUUCCCUGUACUCUGAAAUGCAGAGGGAUAGAACAGAGAGACCUGGGGGAGUCAUGGCCCAUCCGGACUACAAAGACUGGAACUCAGAGCUUAUCAAACCCAAGAAGCUGACGAAUCCUGUAAAAGCCUCUAGAAGUCACCAGGAGUUGCACAGGGAGCUCCUCAUGAACCACAGAAGAGGUCUGGGAGUGGACAGCAAGCCAGAGCUGCAGCGGGUCCUGGAGCAUCGGAGGCGGAAUCAACUGCUUAGGCUGAAGAAAGAAGAAGAAGAAGCCAAGAAACUCAAGUCUCCAUUUGAACAGGAGCUCCUGAAGAGGCAGCAGCGACUGGAUGAGAUGGAAAAAGAAACCAGAAAGGAAGAAGAUCCAGCACCUGAGUUUAUUAAAGUUAAAGAAAACCUGCGACGUAUUGCCACAAUAGCGGGGGAGGAGCAAGUCUAGCAGGUGAGGAUGGAGCUUCGCAGCAUUCACCAGGACUCCGGAAGCCUCGACCCCAGCAGCAUCCACACCCGCCUGUAUCCCGGCAUCUCUGUGUACCACAUGGACAUUGAGACUCGUUCCCGACACUACCGCUUGUUCCAAAAUGCCUCCAGGUGGUUCUGGGUCCAGAACUGGGUUAUUUUCAUGGUCAAGGUACCUGUAGCACUUACUAGUAGGAAUCUUCCCACGAGGAUGGGCGUGGCGCCCCUCCCUAAGGGCACACUAAGGUCUAGGGCACUUCUUUGUCAGUGACAACCUCCAGGUGUAUUCGGCCUGCCCACAUUGGACACCUGCUGGGGGAAAGGGAGGGUGCCCACACACCUGUUUUGGUCUGAAGGGAAAGCUUGAGACUUGGUGAACCAGAUGUCAUUGACGUUAUCCACUUCAGAGUCACAGGAGCCACUUAGUGGCAGCCUCUCUGUGGUCUGCCACACAAAUGCCUCGAAUCUAUCCAGGGACUGUAAGCUAGGAUGCCCUGAUCAGAGCCUGGCCCAUCCGGCCAAAGAAAAAAAAGCUGCCAAGUGUUUGGAAGCCCGAGUUCCUAGUCCCCCCCUCCCAGAUUUGCCAGCAUAGAACUUGAGGGCGGCAGCAUAGAGAUGAUCAUUCUUGGGGUCAGGAUCAGUCAUUCCUGCUCUGGGGGUGGCCUAUCAUGACAAGAGAUCACCCAGGUGCCCUCCUCACCCCGCCCAGGAACAGCCGACCUAUCUGGAUCCAGUGUUCAGACCUUACUAGGCUCCUUCUUAUUACCCACUCCAUUUACUUUUCUGCCUCCUGGGGCAUCAUUUGUCCCUUACCCCCCACCUAUGCCCCCAACCCUGAGGUCCCUUCACUCCCAGGAGUUCUGUGCCAUUUUGUGAUGCCUUAUGUUUCUGAGAAAACUGGAGAAUGUUUAUCCCCCAACUCUCCCACCCCUCUUGCUCAAACUGGAACCCCUCUUUCAAACAGCAUUCUGCCCAGGAAGGGAAGAGCUGAGCACAGGGUGGCAGAGAGAGAGCAGCCACAGUUGGGGCCACUGUUUUCUGCUCCCAAUCCCUCAUCGGGAUCAGUCCAAUCUGGAAAAGUAGCACAAAGCCAGUGUUUGCUCAUUCAUGCCAGCCACCCCAGUGCCAGUCCUCAGCAGCCUCCACUGAGAGCUAAACCAUACCCAACAACCUCCCUAAUCAAAUUGCAAAGCAGAGGCAGACCAAAAGAAGCUUGGAGACUACAAAAUAGACGAAAAAAAAACUGUGAGAAGCCCUGUGUAGUGGAGAGCAAGCCUGCCUCUGAGUUGAAAAGAACCAGGCCUAUGCUGGCUUCCUGGUCCCCCAAAGAUCACCAGGACCUCUGUGUACCAAGCAUUGAGACUAGGAGUUUCAGGGAAGGUGCUGACCUGCCUUCAUUUGAAUCACAAAUCAGAUAAACAACAUAAAAUAAAUCAAAACAUGGAUGGACAGACGGACGGGCAGACAAACGAAUGAAUGAUGAAUGAAAGAAUGAAUGAAUGAAACUGUGCUGAAGUAGAUCAAAUAUCUUUAAGCUGUAUAAAAAUUCUAGUUGCUGGUAGAGCCUUCAUGGAUGAAAUAAGGAUGAAUGAGUGAAGUGCAGAACCGGAAACCAAGGUUGCUCCCAGACAAGUGCAUCUCCCUAUAGGAACACGAUCUUGUUUUGCACCCAUCCACCCACCCCCACCCUAUUUGAACCACACCAGCCUGCUGGGAAAAAGGGGCUUUCGCUAAUAAGGAUUCUUCAUGCCCUUUGUACUGAUGUGUUUGUGGAAUAAUUCCCAGUGAGAGAAACCUCUUUGAAGAAAAGGAAAAUCAAAAUGGGAGCGGGUGGGGAGGUUGGAAGAAGGAGGGAAUUAGAAAAAGUGAACUUGAGAGUUCCGGUGUUCAGGACUUGUCCAUCUGACUUCCUCCAAUCACAUGCAUGCUUAGAUACAUUCUCCCAUGGAAAUCGGGGGCCUUCCAAACAUAAAGAACCUGAGGCCUGGACACCAGGAGGCUUGGGUUCUGCUCCCGGGUCUGCUACUAAAGAGCUAUGUGUAAAUCAUUUGAUGUACGGACCUCAGUUUCCUCCUCUGUGAAAUUAGUAGGUUGGACUAGUCCUUCCAGCUCUUAAUCUAUGAUUCAAUUCAGCUCAAUAAGCAUUUUUAACCCCUUCCUGUGUUUAAGGGGCAUUGUACUAGACAAUGGAGAUAUGAACGUGUAGUCCCUGCUCACGAAGAGCUUACAGUCAGGAGGAGGUGAGGGAUAUGCAAGGUUUUUGUUGGUGGGAGUUGGUUUUUGGUAGUUAAUCUCAUGGUAAAUAUUACCCAAUGUUAUUUGUAUAAAUCCAUUUGUAGAGCCGAGCCUGCUAGCGUGACAUACAUCUGAUGGCAGUCAUUAACCUAGGAACGGUGGCGGGCAGUUCAAUCCCCACCUCAGCCUACUAGUUCUUAUGUGCUAGCUUACUAAAACAAAAUGUUUUUUGCUAAAAAUCUCAGGUGGCACCACCCUGAGGUCAAGAGAGCCACGUGGUCCAUUUUGGAGUCUCAUUUUGGAAACUAGAGAAGUAAACAAACCCUAAGAUCUCCUCCAGUUCUCAAAUUCUGAUUCCCAGCUAAUCACUGGAUCAUAGAAUUUGGGAGAUGGAAGGGAAUUCAGUGACCAUCCAGUCCAGUCCAAUCCCCAAAAAGUAUCCCCAUCCAACAUACCCAACAAGUGAUCAUCUAGCCUGGGCAUGAAGGUUUCCAAUGAGGAGAACUCCACUGCCUCCUAGGGCAGCCCUCUCCCGUCUCCCUCUGAAGCAGCUGGGAUUUGGGCCAUCUGGCAUCAUCUUGUCUCUUUGCAUUCUGUACCCAUGGUUCCUGGUUCUGCCCCCAGGGGUCAGAUAGAGUAGGAACCCCUCUUCUACAUUAACACCCUUCAGACAUCUGGAGGUGGUCAUCAUACCUCUCAUGAGUCUUCUCCUCUUCAGGCUCUUCAACCAAUCCUCAGAGGGUAUGAAUUCCAUGCCAUCCUAGUCAGCUUCUUCUGCAUGUUUUCCAGUUUAUUAGCCCAUCUAAGAUGUGGCACUUGAAAUUCAACACAAUACUCCAGAAGCAGCCUGGUUGUGCCAGGGAGUACCUACCUGGUUGGCACCUCCUUACUUCUGGAGGCUAUGCCUCUCAAUGCAGCCUAAGAUUGCCUUGGGUCUCUUUUGACAGGCACAGCUCAUGUUAACUCAUAUGGAGCUCGUCUCCUACACUGAUUUUUUUCAAAGAAAAAAGGUUGAAGAAACAAAAUGAGCUGAUCUUCCCUCUUUAAAAUGACAUUCUCCAGGCUUCCCUAAAAAGCAACAAAGGCAGAACUAGAAAUGAGAGCCUUCUCUCCAGCCUCUACAACUUCAACUAAAAAAAAAAAAAAAGCCUGUCAAUUCCUAUUUCUUUGAUGAUCAAGAAAGUCAACCACAAAAAAGCUAUCAGACUGGUUUUCCUUUCCCUAACUGACUAAUUCCAGGUACAAAUGUUGGUUGAGUUGAACUGAACUGCACUAAAUCAUGUCAGUCCCUGGCAGUGCUGGAAGGGACUUUGGAAACCAAGUCCAUUGUGAAAGAUACACGGGGAAACUGAGACUCAGAUCAGUCACAUGGCUGGUAAGUGACCAAAUUGGGACUUGAACUCAGAUCUCUUCAUGUCAAGCCCUUUACCUGAGAUAGUGAUGACUUCUUGGAAGACGGUCCUGUCCAAUGCACCUGUGCUCUCCAGGGAGUAGGCAGGUGUGAUUGGUAUUAUGGAGUCUGCCUUCUAAAAGGGCAACUGAAUGUGACCCCAAUGAGACAAUGUUGACAUUCUCCAGAACCCACCAAAAAUGAUUCACGGCUCCAAAAUAAAGUUGAUGAGUUCUCCCGUCUCCUAAA